UGGGGUUUUAAAAAACCCUCCAAAAGCCCUAUCACAUGGCAUCAGAACGAAAUCAUCUUUCCCCUCUUUCCCUUUCCCUUUCCCUAUCCCCAUUUCCAUCAUUCCCUCCCAUUCUUGAAACCCGAGCCGCCAUGGCCGAGUCAGAGGAAGAAGCUCUGUGCCGAAACUACCCUUACGCCCUCUACUUCGUCCAGAGCCCCUCCACCGUCUCCCAUGCAAACAGCGCCGACCUCGGCCGCACCUGCACCGCCCUCAGCCUCACCCACGCCGCCAACAACCACCCCAACAACGACUACUCCCCGCCGCGCUCCGAGCCCACUCGCCCGCCUCUCUCCCGCUACUCCUCCCGGGGCUCCAACAACACCUUCGCCCGCCACGAGAAGAAGGUGUCGUACGACGACGAUUUCCAGAGCCACGGCACCGGGGUUGCCCAGAACGCCGGGGAGAAUCUCGGCGCCGGAGUUGAGCGGCACUGCGCCGGCGAGGAUGAAGACGGGGAGGACGAUUUCGAUGAGUAUUAUUAUGGGAGACGAGGAGGGUGGAAGAGAUUCUUGUCGAUGGGGUAUUCAGAUUCCGGUGCGUGGAUGUUCAUGCAGAUUGCUUGGAGGCUUGUGUUCAGUAUGGCGGUUGCUUUGGUCGUCUUCUACAUUGCUACCAAGCCGCCGCCGCCUAAAGUCUCCGUCAAGAUUGUUGGAAUUCGAGAGUGGGGAUUAGAAGAGGGAGUGGAUGCCACGGGUGUGACUACUAAAAUGCUAAGCUGCAAUUGCUCCAUUGAUCUCAUCAUAGACAACAAAUCUAAGCUCUUUGCUCUCCACACUCAUCCUCCCCUCACCUCAAUCUACUUUGGUAGACUUCCUUUCGCCACCUCUCAACUCGGUGGGGAGCUGUACGCGGGGAGUUCGGGUACAACGUUGUUCAAGUUAACGGUGGGUACGAGGAAUAAACCGAUGUACGGCGCCGGGAGGGCGAUGCAGGACAUGAUGGAUUCCGGCAAGGGGUUGCCGGUGGUGGUGCGGCUGCGGUUCGUGUCGUGGUUCCGGGUGGUGUGGGGUCUCAUCAAACCAAAAUUCCACCACCAAGUGGACUGCCUUGUCGUCCUCUCCAAAUCUUACAACAAGAAACGCCGGACUCAAGUCUUUAACAGCACCUGCGUCAUUCUCUGAUCAAUGUUAUAAUUAUUUAAUUUUUUUUUAAUUUUAUGAAAUGACGAGAGAAAUCCACUAUCAUUAUUCAAGAGGAUGCAUGUGUUACAGUAAACAUUCUUUUUUUUUUUUUUUUUUUUUUCUAUUACUAUGUAUCUUUGUGUAUGGGACAAGUAAGCUUGCAAGAAAGAGUUUAUUAUUUUAUUGUA